AUGGUAUCCUAUCAAUCUACUCUUGCUAUCUGGCCCUUGGUAUUCCAGCACGGUAUUGACAACGACAUGGUCAUGUCAAAGUUCUUUAAGCAAAAACAUGUGUGGCUCUUUAUUUUAUUCCUCGAACCGACUUUAAAGGGCAAAGAACCACAGCCACAAGAACCAAGCCGGGUCUUCUCUUUACUUCCAAACUACACGCUGAAGCGCCAGUAUGUCGAUAUCGACGAGAGAACUCUUGGUAUGCUCUUGAAAGAAGUGACAGACGAGCUACGCAGACGGCUAACCGGACAACCCGAAGGAGUGGGUGUUUCUGAUGCUCGUCGUCGCACAACGCGCUUUGCGGACUUUGAAUUCACAGGUUGGAGACUCGGGAUCUCCAACUUUAUUUCCACCUGUGAUGGCUCUUCCCACUCCCCAACAGUUCCGACAUGCUGGAGUCGGGAAACCAACCUCCCACUCCUUCCUUCUCAACUCUGGAAACAUCGUGGGAGUGCAGACCCUGGUUUGGCCGACAUCUUUGUUGCAAGCAACGGCCAUCAGAACACAGAACCUGCGGCUGAAUAUCGUAGCAUGUCCACCGCUGAAUACUACAACCGAGCCGCCGCAUACAAGAAAUGA